GAGGGGGAGAAAUAGCUUCAAUGGAAGGCACCACACAAGACGACCCGUUAGCCAUGGCUAUCUACGCAUUAGCUAUAACCCCACUAAUCAAGAGAUUAAAGGAACAAGCUCCCAAUGCAAGUCAGGUUUGGUUCGCAGACGAUUCCAGUGCAGCAGGAAGAUUAAGAGCCCUCAAGGUUUGGUGGCAGCACUUAACAAUACUUGGCCCCGAAUUUGGCUACUUUUCUAACGCAAGCAAGACAACAAUGGUAGUCAAAGAGGAGUUCUUUGAUCAAGCGAAGGAUUUAUUUGAGGAAACUGGCAUCAAGAUUACCACUGAUGGUCAUAAAAUACUUGGUGCUGCCUGCGGUAAACGUUCUUUUGUGGACGAUUAUGUAGCUGAUAAGAUAGACGAGUGGGAAGAAGAAAUUGCUAAAAUAGCUGAAACGUAUCCACAUGCUGCAUAUACCGCAUUUACUCGUGCUAUUGUGUGUAAAUGGCAAUAUCUUAUGCGAACGAUUGAUGGUAUCGGUAGCAUGUUUCAACCGUUGGAGAACGCUGUUUCGGCCAAACUCAUUCCGGCUUUAACGGGCAGAGGACCUUGUUCCAGCGUAGAAAGAACAAUACUCUCUUUGCCAACGCGUCAUGGUGGGCUCAACCUUGUUAAUCCUGUUGAAGUCGCGAAUAGUCAUUAUAACGCAUCAUUAAAGAUUACUGAACCUCUGAAGAAGAUGAUCGUUAGCCAAACGACAACUUAUAAGAAAAUUUAUCUACACGACAUAAAAGCCGAUCUGCGAAGGCAAAAGAACCAGUACCACCAGCAACUAGCCACGGAGGUCAGAGAAAGCUUGUCCCCAAUAAAGCAACGGACUUUGGAUUUGUUGGAGCUGAAAGGUUCAUCAUCAUGGUUAUCUGCCCUACCACUGAAAGACCAAGGCUUCAGUCUAAACAAGGGCGAGUUUCGUGAUGCUUUGAGCCUCAGGUACGGAUGGCAACUGAAAAAUCUUCCCCAAUAUUGCAUAUGUGGGACUAGUUUUUCGACCGAUCAUGCCAUGAUAUGCCCACACGGAGGAAUGACUAUAUCUCGUCAUAACGAAAUCCGUGAUCUUACCGCUGAUUGGAUGAGUGAAGUAUGCAGAGACGGAAACCGAACCACCAUUGCAGCCCUUAUCUGGAGAGAUUAUCCUUCCCCGUUCCGCGAAUAAACGAGAAGAUGCCCGGGUCGAUAUUAAGACUGUCGGACUUUGGGGACGGCAGCAAAGCGCAUUUUUUGAUGUUAGGGUUUUUCACCCCAACGCGCCAAGCUACCGUGACAAAAGUGUUGCAGCUUUAUUCCAGAAACAUGAACUAGAUAAGAAGAGAGAAUAUGGCGAUCGGAUAAGGGAAGUUGAAAAUGGUUCCUUUACACCACUGGUCUUUUCAACAACAGGAGGUGCCAGCGGAGAAACAACAGUGGUUUAUAAAAGAUUAGCGGAACUUUUGGCCAACAAACGGAAAUCUCCUUACAAUACCACAUUAGCCUGGAUGCGAUGUCACAUAUCAUUUGCUUUAAUGAAAUCAACUAUAUCCUGUAUAAGAGGAUCAAGAGUGCGUCGGCGCCGUCAUACGGACAUGGGAAUAGCAACGGAGGUUGCUGAAAGUAAUUUAAUUAUUAACCCUUGAACUUGGAAUUUCAUAACUAGAUUAAAUCAUAUACUACAAUUAGGGUAAUUGUUCACGGAACAUGUUUCGUUCUUUCUUAAAAUUAAGUUUUUAACAUUCUUAGUUAGUUUUUUCCUUUUUAACUGUAUUCCGUAUUUUAUCAUUCUUUUCUUUGUUAAUACAUAUAUUACGUACUAUUACUGAUUAUUACUAUUAUAGAUUACUAUUAAUGGUAUGGACCUAAUAAAUCAUUAUUAUUAUUAUUAUUAUUAUUAUUAUUAUUAUUAUUAUUAUUUUUAUUAUUAUUAUUAUUAUUAUUAUUAUUAUUAUUAUUAUUAUUAUUAUUAUUAUUAUUAUUAUUAUUAUUAUUACAGAUGCAUAUGAUGAAAUUACAACUUGGAGAAAGAAUGUUUUUCUAGUGCCAUACGGGAAAAUAGGAAGGGAUUUUAUCGAUCAAAUAACGAUGCAUAUAAACGACUGGAAUAGCGGUUCGGAAAAUCAACAUGUUUCCCUAAAAGCUGUUUUUGUACUUCUCGCCGUUGGGCUUCAAAAGCCAAACCCGAAGUCCAAGGCAAAGGACCAUCAAGAUGCCUUGUCAAAGCGACUCGCACUUUGGAAGGACGGCGAGAUCAGUAAGCUAAUACGUGAGGGGCGAAUCAUACAAAGUCGUAUUGGAAAAUUUAAAGGAUCAAACCACCCCGAUAAAGCUAAAGUCUUUGCUAAGCUUGUGCUAGAAGGUCAAAUCAACUCAGCCCUUCGCUUCGUGAGUGAAACCCCAAAUGGCGGCGUGUUAACGUUAACUGACGAUGUAAUAACGCAAUUAAAACAGAAGUAUCCUGAGCCACAACCAGCAAAACUCGGAUCGGUAUUAUUUGGCCCGCUCAAUGACGAGAUACGCGAAUCUGUUUACUCACAGAUCAAUGAUGAGAUGGUUAGACAAGCCGCUUUGAGAACAAAGGGAUCCGGAGGCCCGUCUGGUGUCGAUGCUAACGGCUUUAGAAGAAUGUUGGCAUGUAAGCCCUUUAAGCAAUCAUCUACAAGACUGUACGACGCUAUAGCCAGAAUGACCAAGACUUUGUGCACACAAUAUAUCGAUCCUACCACUAUUGAAGCAUUGAUUGCUAGUCGUUUAAUUCCCCUAGACAAAGGCGAAGGUGCGGUAAGACCUAUUGGAGUAGGAGACGUAAUAAGGAGGAUAAGUGCAAAAUGUGUUAUGAGCUUUGCAAAGAAGGAUAUUGUGGAAGCAAGUGGAUCGUUAUAAUUAUGCGCUGGACAAAAGUUUGGAAGUGAGGCUGCAAUACAUGCAAUGAACACCCUGUUUGAAGCUAAUGACAUUGAUGCUGUUUUACUUAUCGAUGCUUCUAAUGCAUUCAAUGCACUCAACAGAACUGUGGCUCUGCAUAACAUCCGUGUGUUAUGUCCGAUAAUCGCUGCCUACGCUAUAAACACCUACAGACAGCCAGCUCGGCUGUUUAUUGUUGGCGGCAAAAAGAUUGCGUCAGGAGAAGGAACCGAACAAGGAGAUCCUUUGGCAAUGGCCUUUUAUGCGAUAAGUACCCUGCCUUUGAUCACGAGCCUACAGGCCGCAUCUACCGUGAAGCAGUGUUGGUUCGCAGACGAUGCGAGUGGAGCUGGUCGUGUGACACAAAUCAAAGAUUGGUGGGAUGCAUUGAAUACUCUUGGUCCAAACUUGGGAUAUUUUCCGAAAGAUGAGAAAUGCUGGAUUAUUGUUAAGCCCGAAAAGGAAGAAAGUGUGAGAGAAGUCUUCCAUGGAACGGAUAUCAAUGUAACAGUGCAUGGGCAGAAACAUCUGGGAGCAGCGCUAGGUUCACGAGAGUAUCUGGAGAAAUAGGUUAAUGAGAAGGUCUCUAAUUGGGUCAACCAAGUGACAGCAUUAGCCGAAUUUCCACUGUCCCAACCACAAGCGUCCUAUGCCGCAUACACAUUUGGUUUGAAACAUCGUUGGACCUACUUCCUAAGAACCCUGCCAGACAUCCAGGACCUACUAGAGCCACUCGAAAAGGCAAUAUCGCAGAUUCUCAUCCCCGCUAUCACAGAUCACCAGUGCAAUCCACUCGAUCGGGACAUUCUAGCACUUCCAGCACGUCUGGGUGGCCUGGGCUUGGAAAAUCCAAGUCAUGAGGCAGAACGUCAGUAUGUGUCGUCAAAAAGAGUGACAGCACCCCUUGUUGAUCAAAUUGUAGCGCAGUUACUUCAGCUACCCGACGAGUCGCAUAUAAAAUCAGCGCAACAAGCCGUUAGAAAAGAAAGAGUGCAAGAGUGGGAGGAAAGGGCAGAACGUAUUAGAGAGAGUGCACCACCAUGAAUUCAGCGUAUAUUAGAUGUGGCUUCGGAAAAAGGAUCAUCUGUGUGGCUCACAGCACUUCCCCUAAAAGAACAGGGAUUCAACUUGAAUAAGAGAGAAUUUCGGGACGCCGUAAAGCUGCGCUAUGAUUGGCCAAUCGACGACAUCCCCUCUAUAUGUGUAUGUGGGAAUACAUUCACGGUUGACCAUGCCAUGAUCUGCAAACGUGGAGGCUUUGUAAUUAUGCGCCACAAUGAGUUAAGAGAUCUGGAGGCGGAACUCCUCAACAUUGUCUGUAGUGACGUCCAAGUUGAGCCUGUCCUACAAGACAUCUCGGGAGAGCAACUAAAUGGAGGCUCCAACAAAGCACCUGAUGCUAGACUCGACAUUCGUGCGCGUGGGUUCUGGGAAAGUCAACAAUCAGCUUUUUUUGAUGUAAGGGUUUGUCAUCCCAAUGCUGAUUCGUACAAGGACCUGGAGCUACGCCAAGUCUACAAGAUACACGAAAAUGAGAAGAAGCGCCUAUAUGCAAGGAGAGUCCUCGAAAUAGAGCAAGGAACAUUUACGCCACUCGUAUUCACCACCACAGGCGGUAUGGCCAAAGAAUGUGUGAGAUACCAUAGUCGAUUGGCAGAGUUGGUAGCCAUAAAGAAAGGCGAAGAUUAUGCGACAACUAUGAGUUGGAUAAGUGCCAGAACCUCUUUCGCUUUAUUGAGAUCGGCACUUACCUGCUUGAGGGGUUCAAGGGCAAGGAAAAUCAUGUAUGAUAUUAAGAACAUUGAUUUCAACAUUGAGAACGCCGAGAGUGCUAUCUCUCAAACAUUUUAGAUUGUACAUAUACAAAGUUUAGUUGUUUAGUUAUUUAACGGAAUAUGUUACUUUAGUUAUUUAGCUACUUAGCGGUAAAUAUUUUAAUUAUGUAGCGGUAUUGUUCCAGAGUUUAAUUGUUUUUAAAAUUUAACUGUGCAUAUCAACAAACAUUUAGACAAUUUUUAAAAUGAUUUUAUAUAUUGAAAUUAUGAACAAAGUUAUUAUUAUUACUUAAAUUAUUAUUAUUAUUAUUAUUGUUAUUACUAUUGUUAUUAUUAUUAUUGUUGUUGUUGUUGUUGUUGUUGUUGUUGUUGUUGUUGUUGUUGUUGUUGUUGUUGUUGUUGUUGUUGUUGUUGUUGUUGUUGUUGUCGUUGUCGUUGUCGUUGUCGUUGUCGUUGUCGUUGUCGUUGUCGUUGUCGUUGUCGUUGUCGUUGUCGUUGCCGUUGCCGUUGUCGUUGUCGUUGUCAUUUUCAUUAUCAUUAUCAUUAUUAUUACUAUUAUUGGUAUUAUUAUUAUUAUUAUUAGCAUGACAAAAUUACUGGAUGCUGAUUGGUUGAGAGGAGUACAAUUAUUUCAUUAAUUAUUUAUUUUCUGUAAUCAGUGGCAAAUACUGAAAUUUCAUUGGUUUACAGGAGUGCGAUUUGAGCAUUAAUCGCACCUUUUCUGAGUUGUAAUCGCACUCUUGUCUACAGCCAAUGAAAAUCAGUCUAGUAUUUACAACUAGCCAAUCAGCAUUCAGGAUACAAACUUUGAAUUUUAUUUUCUUUAUUGCUGUAAAAAUUUCAAAAUGGGGGAAUUCACAAUUUUUGACCUUUUAAUUUUUAAAUCAGGCAUCGAAAACCGUCAAAAUUGAGGUUGGCAAAGAAAUGCCGACCUAAAUCUGACCUAGCUGGCACAUUUCGGCAUUUUUAAAAAUCUGUUUCCUUGUCUUGGAGCACUAGUAAUCACGUAUUUACGAAUCAUUGAAAAUUAAUGUCACGAAGGCAUUUCUUUUAGAGUCUUACCUAAAUUAUAUAUAGAAUACCCGUUAAUUCUUAAACCUUACACCAGAGUGUAUCGAAUUCUAUAAUCGCCGACUUUUUAACAGCUAUCAGCACCAAAAAAAUUCUACUUUGGCUGAAUUAAGGGCGGCAAAAAAUUGCCGACCUGGGAGGUUGAUAUGUCGGCGUUUAUAUAUUUUCUGACGAAAAUGACAUACCUGUCCCAGCAGGAGACACCGAAUACUAGAGACAACCAGCGGUUAUAUUUGAAUCAGAUUCAGAUUAAACUGAGCUAAAGAACUUCACUAUUUUAAUUACAAAAUUAUCAAUUUCCCAACAUAUAUAUGUUAGGUAUGUUAUUCUACGUAAUAUAAGCUCAAUUUAAGGUAAAAUUCAACCACAAACAUUUCGCAAAACGUUUUAAAGUGUUCUUUAUAAAACUAAACUGCCUUUUAAUAAUUAAAUGGCUUUAUCGAUAAACUUUGAGUUUGUAAUAUAAUGAUUUCAAAUUCUCGCAUGCAAAAACUUUGCUUUCUUUCUUAUUUAAAAAUUUUCAAUAUAAUAAAAAAGGGAAUCAAUAUUAAUAGUACACUGAAAUUAUAUGCUGUCUUGUUUAGUAAUUUCAUAUACGCAAAGAAUCAAAGGCCGUCGGGUUUUAAAGCAAUUAUAAAAUCAAUAUUUAAAACAACCUUACCUUCGUUAACGUUGGCUCCCUUCUUUUAGCCGAUUCAUUCGCCCUUUCUUUCUGAGAAAGCUUUCGAAAUUUAUAAAAUCUUGCAAAAAUGCGAGCAAAAAUCUCAAGAAAUUGAUCAAUCAUCAAAUCAAGAAAUGUUUGCUAUUUCGCUGUCGUCAUGCAGUCGUUAUAAUGCAAACAUUAAAUUGGACCAAUCAGUGUUCGCUAAUCAUGAUAGUCCGCCACAUUCUUGAGAUUAGUGAGGAUGACCACCCACUCCAACAUCGUUGGUCACCCACGCCCGCGAUAAUUGAUGAACUUUAGACUUCGCUAAUGCAUUCGUUUCCCGGGUGUAAAUAGCCGGGGGGGAUUAGUACCCUCGCACGGCGCUUCGCGUCGUCGGCUCGGGGAUUAAUGCGAUAAUCAUACUCGUGAUUAACAAAUCAACCUCCCGCUACGCGGUCGGUUGAUUUUGUAAUCACUUGCAUGAUUAUGGCAUUUAUUAUUAGCAUGACAAAAUUACUGGAUCCUGAUUGGUUGAGAGGAGUACAAUUAUUUCAUUAAUUAUUUAUCUUCUGUAAUCAGUGGCAAAUACUGCAAUUUCAUUGGUUGACAGGAGUGCGAUUUGAGCAUUAAUCGCACCUUUUCUGAGCUGUAAUCGCACUCUUGUCUACAGCCAAUGAAAAUCAGUCUAGUAUUUACACUAGCCAAUCAGCAUUCAGGAUACAAACUUUGAAUUUUAUUUUCUUUAUUGCUGUAAAAAAAUUCAAAAUGGAGGAAUUCACAAAUUUUGACCUUUUAAUUUUUAAAUCAGCCCUCGAAAACCGUCAAAAUUGAGGUCGGAAAAAAAAUGCCGACCUAAACCUGACCUAGCUCGGUACAUCUCGGCAUUUUUUAAAAUCUGUUUCCAUGUCUUGUAGCACUAGUAGCCUGCACUAGUAAUCACGUAUUUACGAAUCAUUGAAAAGUAUAAAUGUCAGGAAGCCUUUUCUUUUAGAGUUUUACCUAAAUUAUAUCAUAAAUAUACCCGUUAAUUCUUAAACCUUACACCAAAGUACAUCGAAUUCUAUAAUCGCUGACUUUUUAACAGCUAUAAGCACCAAAAAAGAUUAUUACUUUGGCUGAAUUAAGGUGGGCAAAACAUUGCCGACAUGGGAGGUUGAUAGGUCGGCAUUUACUGUAGGUCGGCAUUGCCGAAUGCAGAUCUCGUUUUCGAGGGUUGUUAAAUUAUAUAUUUUCUGACGAAAAUAACCUACCUGUUCAUCCAGCAGAAGACACCGAACUAAACACAACCAGGAGUUAUAUUUCCAUCCAGUUCAGAUGAUUAAUUGAAUUAAAGAACUUCACUACUUUGAACACGUUAUAAACAUACAAACAUGGCUUCCCAAUUGUGUGUUGAAUAAUUCAAACAAAUGUUGUCAUGUGAUUAUACCGGAAAUAAUGCCCGGAAGUUAAUAAUAUGUUAAUUUGAUUAUAUAUGAUAAACAAUAAUUCAAAAUUGUACUAUUUCACUAAGAAUUGUCGUGACAAAAAUUUAAUAAUUUAUAUUGAACUUCAACAAAUUGUAUUUUUCUGCUUUUCCCCCUUAAACAGUUUGAUUACAGAAGAUAAAUAAUUAAUAAGUAAUAGAACGAAUUAAAGUCGUACUAUUAAUGCCAUAAUCAUACUCGUGAUUAACAAAUCAACCUCCCGCUACGCGGUCGGUUGAUUUUGUAAUCACUCGUAUGAUUAUGGCAUUAAUAGCACUCCUAUUCGUUCUAUUACCAUCAUUAAUUAUUUAUCUUCUGUAAUCAGUGGCAAAUACUGCAAUUUCAUUGGUUUACAGGAGUGCGAUUUGAGCAUUAAUUGCACCUUUUCUGAGCUGUAAUCGCACUCUUGCCUACAACCAAUGAAAAUCAGUCUAGUAUUUAGAACUAGCCAAUCAGCAUUCAGGGUACAAACUUUGAAUUUUAUUUUCUUUAUUGCUGUAAAAAAUUCAAAAUGGAGGAAUUCACAAAUUUUGAAAAUGUUGACCUAUUAAUUUUUAAAUCAGCCCUCGAAAACCGUCAAAAUUGAGGUCGGAAAAAAAUGCCGACCUAAAUCUGACUUAGCUCGGCACAUCUCGGCAUUUUUUAAAAUCUGUUUCCAUGUUUUGGAGCACUAGUAGCCUGCACUAGUAAUCACGUAUUUACGAAUCAUUGAAAAGUAUAAAUGUCACGAAGGCUUUUCUUUUAGAGUCUUACCUAAAUUAUAUCAUAAUACCCGUUCAUUCUUAAACCUUACACCAAAGUGUAUCGAAUUCUAUAAUCGCUGACUUUUUAACAGCUAUCAGCACCAAAAAGGAUUGUUACUUUGGCUGAAUUAAGGUCCUGGGAGGUUGUAGGUCGGCAUUUAGGUCGGCAUUGGCGAAUGCCGACCUCGUUUUCGAGGGCUGUUAAAUUAUAUAUUUUCUGACGAAAAUGACCUACCUGUUCUUCCAGCAGAACAGAAUUGAUUAAAAUGAACUAAAACAUGGCUUCCCAAUUGUGUGUUGAAUAAUUCAAACAAUGUUGUCAUGUGAUUAUACCGGAAAUAAUACCCGGAAGUUAAUAACAUGUUAAUUUGAUUAUGAUAAAUUUAAUUCAAAAUUGUACUAUUUCACUAAGAAUUGUCGUGACAAAAAUUUAAUAAUUAUAUUGAAUUUCAACCAAUUGUAUUUUUGUGCUUUUCCCCCUUAAACAGUUUGAUUACAGAAGAUAAAUAAUUAAUAAGUAAUAGAACGAAUUAAGUCGUACUAUUAAUUCCAUUAUCAUACUCGUGAUUAACAAAUCAACCUCCCGCUACGCGGUCGGUUGAUUUUGUAAUCACUCGUAUGAUUAUGGCAUUGAUAGCACUCCUAUUCGUUCUAUUACCAUCAUUAAUUGUACUGCAGUACAAUUAAUGAUUUUCCCAAAACAAACAAAAUGGCGGAAACGUAUUUUAAACACAAGCGUGAAAUGAAAUUGUCGUGGAGGAACUAGAUGAAAAUACGAAUAAAAGCAAAUUUUGCUUUAACAAAAGAACUAAAUGAAAAUACAAACAAAAAGCAUCACAUUUUGGAUGAAAGUCUGGCAGGACUGGGCUUUGGCGACUGGCGAGAGAAUAUGAUGUUGGCAUUGAGAAGUACGUAUCCAAUUUUGUCAUGCUAAUAAUAUAGUAAUCAUGUAAUGUUGCUCGUACAAUUAGGGAUUAAUAGUACUCGUGAUGUUUGGAAAUUUGCCAAAUUGGACUCUCCCGGGCGGCUCGUCCAAUUUUGGCAAAAUUUCCAAACAUCACUCGUACUAUUAAUCCCUAAUUGUACUCGCCAUCGCAUGAUUACCUAUACUAAUAGCACUCCUAUUCGUUCUAUUACCAUCAUUAAUUGUACUGCAGUACAAUUAAUGAUUUUCCCAGAACAAAUAAAAUGGCGGAAAGGUAUUUUAAACACAAAUGCGAAAUGAAAUUGCCGUGGAGGACCUAGAUGAAAAUAAGAAGGAAAGCACCAAAUUUUGCUUGAACGAAAGAACUAAAUGAAAAUACAAACAAAAGCACCAAAUUUUGGUUGAAAGUCUGGCAGGACUGGACUUUGGCGAGAGAAUAUGAUGUUGACAUUGAGAAGUACGUAUCCCAGUAUCCCACGACGGCUCGUCCAAUUUUGGCAAAAUUUCCAAACAUCACUCGUAUUGUUAAUCCCUAAUUGUACUCGCCAUCGCUUGAUUACCUAUACUUAGGCUAAUAUUAUUUUUUCCCCCUCAAACAUAGCGAAAAACUCCAGGUUGGCAUUCAAUUCCCCAUGGUCAUCGGUUUAUUCUAAACUUCCUAAGAACAUAUUUAAAUUCAGUCUACGUUACAUCGACAAUUUCUGUCUACUAGGAAAAACCUAGUUAAAUGGGGUAUGUCAUCACCUGCCGACUGUUCGUUCUGCUUCUGCCCUGAAUUACUUUUGCAUGUAUAAACUCUGGAUGUAAGACAUAUCUAGACGAAUGGAGAUAUACGUGGCGACAUAAUUCAGUUUUGAAUCUCAUUGUGUCCAGCCUUCUCGACGUCGAAAGAUCCAAAAUGUAUGUAGAUCUGUCUGGAUUUAUUAGCCCAUUUGUCAUCUUCAUGGUGACGAGUUACGACCCGACCUUCUAUUGACAAUUGAAAAUAAGACAUUCUAGAAUUAACUGUUGGAUUCGAAACAAACCUAGCCUGCGAACAGGCUCACUGGGAGAAAGGUGAGCCUGCACGGAACCAUGCGUUUUAUUCAAUCAUCCCCUUUUCGCAUCUGCUAAACGCGAACCAAUCAGCGUCGACUGCAAUAAAUAAACUGUCAACUGUCAAAUUGACGCAAGGCGUGUACAUUGUGCAACGAAGAAAUAAUAUAUACAUAAUAUAUAUAUGAACAAUAAUACAAAGCAUUAGCGGGCCGCACAAAAUAUUACUCGGAAAAAUAUAGAAUUCUUCAAAUAUUAAAUAGAUAUCAAUACACAUACAAAUAUAAAGCCGAAUAAAAUACUACCAUUGGCAUUGAAUCAAUGUACAGUAAUACUUGUACUACGUGCGACUUAAAGAACAAUGUUCUGAAUAUUUGAAGCUAUUACUAAAAUACGGUCAGAUAGAUUGGGAUUUGGAAUACCGAAUACGUCUAAAAUUUUACUAACUGUGGUCUAAAUAAAUGAUAAAUGAGCAUGUAUUUAUUAAUUUCUUCGAAAUCACGAGUGUGCCAAUAGUGGAAGCAUAGUGGUGGAACCGUAUCGACGACGAAAUUGUCAGCAGUUUAUACAGUAAAUAGUACAGCGUUUAAUGUACGAUAUAUAUAUAUAUUUAUAUCUAAAUGACAUGCCAGCGAGGAUCAACAAUAUAAUUAUUCGUACAUAUUUGGGUAUCUUUUGUAUACCUUCGCUUGCUGACUUGCUCACUAAUGAGAAUAAUCCGUGAAGCCACGACGACCUCAAAAUGUACUAUACUAUAGUCUGAUGUCAAUCCGAAGACGAAGUUCAGAAUACGGUUAUAGUUUCGUAUAUUGGAUUUAAGCGAUAGAUUCAAGUCAUUUAUGAUAGACUUUUUGCUGUGAUGCUUUGCUAUUGCUUUUGGUUUCUAUUUCUAGUUUUAUUUGUUCGAUAGUCUUAUAAUAUAUAAUAUUAAAAUGAAUAAAGUUCAAAUUCUUCAAAAUGCUGUUGUUGACAUUUGCUAUUUUUAGUAAUUUUGUCAACGAGUGUAAGCCAAUCAGAAGCCUGCGUUUCUAUACGAACGCCACUACCAAGAAAACCUAUAGUUCCGUGCAGGCCCUCUAUUCUUCGCGCCGCCCGUAACCCAGGGCCUGUUCGCAGGCUAAAACAAACCAGAAAACUAACUCAGAUCGAAAACAUGAAAAAUAUUUAACUCUAAUUACCGAUCAAGAAAAUAUAUAUGAUGAAGUUAAGUUUGUUAAUGUAUUUAUAAGCUCGUUAGGUGUAUUUGGUGAAUCGAUGAAUACUUUAUUUGAUAUGCUUCAUGAUCUGAAAUACAACGAACAACGUAUUAAAUUAGUAAAAAAGAAAAUAAUUGCUACUUGUAUUCGCACAUCUUAUUAUACAUUUGUAGACGAAGCAAAGACUGGAACAACCCGGAACUUUUAAUGACUUAUAACUAAAUUUAAAAUAUUUUCACCUGUAUAUAUAUAUUUUAGUUUUAUACAUAUUCAAUUCAAGUGGACAUCGAUAAGCUCCCUUUUAUCAAGUGAGGUUUAUCAAUGUAUAUAUAGUGGCUUGUGAUGAUACUCUGAGUGAACAUCCACACCGGGCAGGCUUGAAAAAUAUGCCUGGCCACGGUGGGAAUCGAACCUAUGACCUUUGGAAUACUAGCGCAAUGCUCUUAGUGCCAACUGAGCUACGCGAUCAGGUCGGUUCGAGUAUGUGAUAUUUCGGAACUGAGUCUAGUUCCAUCGAUAUCAGUGUAAUCUAAUAAUCAUGAUAUUUUCUAUUUUGCUGUGUUGGUAUAAUGUACUCAAAUGAAUAAGAUGCUUGUGUGAUGUUAUUCUGAGUGUAUAUCCACACCGCGGAGGCUUGAAAAAUCUGCCUGGCCACGGUAGGAUUCGAACCUACGACCCGUACUGAGCUGGCUCGGUCGGCAGGUCGGUUCGAGUAUGUGAUAUUUCGGAACUGAGUCUAGUUCCUUCGAUAUUAGUGUAAUCUAUUAUUAUUAGAAUGUAGCACGUUUAUGUAAAUGUUGAACGAAGUUGAUCUUGAUAAAAACAUCAAAACUUUUGCGUUAAGAAAAUAAUGUCCGUCGCCAUCAGAACAACGUACUACAUAUUUCAGUGUUGUAGAAACAAGGAUUGGACCGAUCCGGACUUGUUGAACAUUUAAGAAUGAGCUUUCUCUUACUUUUAUACAGAACCUGUAAUAUAGUUUAUCAAUAGUUCAGGUAGUCACUAAUUAUAAAUUACCUUAAGAGCGGUUGUCUGUAAUAGUCAGGUAAGACGUGUAAAAUGAGAAAAUUCAAAAUCCUUGAAACUUUGUCAGAAUAUAGGCCUAUAUGAAGUAUUAAUGUUGUGAAAGUUUUAUUUCGAUCGGAUAAAUAUUGAAGGAGAGAGACGUCGAAAUUGGUUUUCCCAGGCCACGUUCGAUUUUUAGAGGUCAUUAUACGGCACUACCAAAAUCGCUCUAUUUUGCGCGUUAAUGGGAAUAUUUCACAAAAUAUGAUCUCGUUUUAUAAAUUAGAGUUAUUUAUUGAGCAGCAGACGAAAUUUCGAGACAUUUCUGUAAAAAGUGAAUAUUUUACAGAUUUUCUUAAUGUUUAUUAUUUUCGAACCUCGUUAUAUGCCAUAUUAGGCAGCGAAUAUCUCCAUUGUUACAUCGAUUCAGGCAAAAAAUUCAUAACCAGAUUAACGAAAUAUGUUUUCGCUUGCUAUUGAUCAAAUAAAAUUUUGGGGCAACUUAGAAUUGAAUUUUUGACGAAUUUUUUGGUAACCCUAUUUCACCGGAAUAACCGUAUGUUAAUAUAAUCAGCGUCGAGUCAUGUAGUUCAAUAAAUAACCAAAGAGCUCGUCAAAAGCGUUUAUUUUUUCGAGUAAGCAAGCCUAGGCCUAUAAAACUACUUUAGCUAAAGCUGUACGAUUGGCUGAAAGCAUUUAGGUCUAAAUAACACUGUUUACAGUCGCUUAUCGUUCAGCUAAUGCCCGAUAGCCGGUGCCGCUGAUUUGGCAGAUUUGGUUUCAAUUAUAUUUUAUCAGGGAUAUGCCGCGAUAAGUAUAGCGAGUUUAUUUUCUCUCCCCCUCCCAUAAACUCGUGUUCUCACAUAAAUAGUGCACACGCUUUUUGUAAAAAACAUAGCCAUUUGCAAGGUCAUACGAUGCAAACGUCGCAUUGUUUUGAUGUUUUUUAGUCGUAUUUCCGGUUGGGUUAGCUCACGCGAUUGUCUGAACAAAAAUAUAGACUAUAGCCAUACCUUUCGCCAAAAAUAACUUCAGCCCCUUCAAACAUAUCGUCUUUGUAAUAGUCUUGUUCGAAUCCCCAGCAACAACACUAUUUAGAGUGUUAUUUGCAUGCCUGUAUCUUCAAAUUUGCAUUUUUUUCACGGCAUUUCCAUUUCUUGUCCAGCUGUGAGCUCGAGGCUCGAAGUAAUUUGAUAGUAUACGAUCGCAUUUGACUUUCAAACUCCCAUAAAUCAGUACAAUGUUAAUAAUGACUAUAACUAUCGUUCGGAAUUAGUUGAUCUUUUAUUUGUGAAUCGAAUGGUGGUAUUUCUGUCUUCAUAGCAUGUACUGAACCGAAGAUUUGAAAUUUCUAGACGUCAACCUCUCGAGGACGACCUCGCAAAGAGUUUUAAUUUAAUUAAUAUUAAAGCUGCAUGGAUUCUUUCACCGUGAUGUCAUGCCAAAAGGUGUCUUUUCUAUUUUUAAAAAAGAUCCCGGCUCUAUUGAUUUGUGAUUUGGUAAUAUUAAUUACAGUUGUAUUUUUGAUUAUUUUGUUAGUGCUCAAUAAGUUUGAAUUUGUUCUGAGAAAACAGUCAAACUUCAGACCAAACUUCUACGCAGUUACUUAUUUAGUAGUUUUAUAAUUAACUGCCCAUCACUUUUAAAACAGAAAGAAGAUAAAGACAACGUGUACGGGUGAGUUAUCCAUGAAAUAAAUAGUUGGUUUACAAAAUGAAUUCCGUCUUUGUGGAUAAAAAUUAGUUAUAAAUAAUCUCUCCUGUAUGUGUUAAAUGCUACAUGUAGGGAUUUCCCUCG